AUGGUGGUGACAGCUUAUAAUAUCGUCAAACGUUUUGUUACCACUGAGAGUAUCCUGCCAGAAAAGCGUAAGAGCGACCAAUCCGCGACUAAAAAAUUACCUGACAACAUUAUAGACUAUGUCAAAUAUUAUAAAACAACAUUAGAUGCAGACUACUCCAAGAGUCAAGAAGCUUUACUUGGUGUGCUUGGUCACAUGAUGUCUGGUAAGAGCUUUGAGCUAAUACUUGCAGCUGCAGCAGCUACUGGUAAACUCAAGAAAUUUGCAGCCAAGUUAAUCAAGUUUAAUGAGGUAGCUAAGCAGACCAGUGGUGAAGGUAGCAAGGCAUCUUAUACUAGAGCAUUACUUUAUGAUAUAUCCUUUCUUAUGUUGUGUCACAUUGCACAGCUGUAUGGAGUGGAGAUGGUAACAGCAAAUGGUGGAGAUUCAUUUUUUGAAAACUGGGCCACUCACUGUUUACCUGAUGACAAUGGUCCCAAACCAUUAGAGAUGGCACUGAAACCAGAACAGAGCAAAAAGAUGGUUGACAAUGUUCGUAGUCGCAUGUGUUGUAUUCCUGUAUGCAUUGGUGCUUGGUUGUGUAGUUAUAUUAAUAUACUUGGUGCAGCAGAGAAAUCAAGACCCAUACAGUUAUUGCAAAUGUUUAUGGUACCAUUAGGUGGUGAGCCGGCUAUGCAGUUUUAUAAUGAAAGAAAUCUGUUAAUGACAAAUAUAAUCAAAAAGAUGUGUUCUAACUGCUUGGAUUCAUGGCCUAGUGGUACAUCCAGCAGUCUAGAUUCCACCUUCACCAUUCCACUGACUACACCCACUAGUAUUGUUGCCAAGGAUGUGUUUGCUAAAGUGCUGGAGGCUGGUUGUGUGGAUAAGACAGUCUUGGCAGCGAUGGAUCAAAUUAUCAAUGUCAGUGGUGUACAGUGGUUCUGUGAAAAGAUGGUAAAUCAUUUACUUUCCCUACAGAGGAAAGAUGAGCUGCAAUCAGCAGUUGAAAUCAUGAUUGCUUUGUUCCAAGUGGAUAUAGAACAGUUGACAUUGGCAUUGAUUCGUACUGUAUUAACUCAAAUACUGAAUGAUCCAAGUCAGUGGCAGAGACUUAGUGACCCUCAAGGACAUGCCUUGGCAACUUUCUCUGUCUGGUGUGUUGCAUCCGCACAAAUGAGCCAGGAUAGUUACAGAGAAGUUAGAUCAAAAGAAAAUUCAUUUAAACCGCUCAGAGGAAGAAAACGAGGAUUUGUUGACAGAGAUGAAGGUGGAUUUAAACUGCGAAGAGUAUUGAGUACAGCUGAUCAGGACAGCACUACAACAUUGGCAG